CAAUAAUCUUUUAAACCUAGAAGAACAUUUUAUUGGAUUUGAUAUUGAUGAUAAAGUAUUGAUAAUAUUUAAAAAUAAGAAAAAAUUAUUAAAAAUGGAACUUAGUAAAGAAACAGGUGAGCCUAUGGAAGUAGAAGAGCCAACUGAUAGUCCAUCCAAUGUUCAUAAAAAUCAUGUUAAUAAAAAGAAACAAUCUAAAUCAAAUAUAUCAACACCAGAACCUUAUGAUAUAAAGAAUAAUUGGAGUAAUAAGAGGCAUAAGAAAGACAACACACGCAGUGAUACCUUAGAACCUUUGAAAUUACAUGUUCCGCCUUCUUUAGAACUUACCAUUCCUACAUUCAACUUAACUUCUUCUUACACUAGAAUGCAUCGUAGUACAGCCAGAAGAAUUAAGUCUGAUGUUAGUGGUGCUAUUUUCAAAAUCCCAUUUGAGCAUGGAUGGAAACGAGAAUUAGUUUAUAGAACAUCAGGCGAAUCUGCUGCUCUUAAUCGGGCACAUAAAAAAGCUGAUGUAUACUAUCAUUCUCCAAAUAACCAAAAAUUACGAUCAUUACGAGAAAUUCAGGAACAAUUGAAUAUUUUAUCUGAUAAAAGUGUUUUAACUAUAGAUUGUUUUACUUUUGUUAGAAAACCAAUUGGUGUCAAUGAUAGAUCAAAAGAACUGAUCAGAGAUGCAUGUUUCAAAUCAUUUAAGGAAAACACUUCUGUUGGCGCUGCUCAAUCUAAAAAAUCUAAAACACCUACACAGCGCCCAUCAUUUGAUUUUAAAAACAAAAAGUCUGCUAGUAAAACGAAAAAAAAAUCGAAGACUUCUUUAAGAUCAAGAUCCAAAAAAGGCAAUGGAAACAAAAAUUCUGCUAGUAAAAUGAAAAUUGUUUUUAAAACUGUGAAGACUUCCUCAAGAUUAAGAUCCAAAAAAGGGAAUUCAGAAUCAAUGGAUACAUCUUCAUCCACACCUAAAUACAUAUCUGAAGACCAGCAAGCUAUUCAAUCUAGUGUAUCGACAAAAGUCUCUCCUAAACUUGAGAACAUUGAUAUAAAUACCACAAUCAUGAAAAAACGAAAUUCUGAAAUGAAUGGUUCAUUUAAAGAAAUGUCAACUACUCUCGCAUCUAUGCAAACAUUAAACUACAUGGUUAAAGCAUUGGGACACGUUUUUAAAUAUUUAACUACACGUGAGCUUUUAUCCGCUUCUAGAGUAUGUACCACCUGGAAUAUAAUUGCAAUGAACAAGUUUUUAUGGCAAAAUUGUCGUUUAAAAAAUUCUAUGGUCUAUGACUGGGAAAGGUUUGUAGACUCGAUUGAUCAACAAAGAACUAAUACGUUAGAUACUAGACGAAUGUUAUUACCUGUACAAAUUGAUGAAUUCAAAAAUUUUUGGUUGCAUUUUUCCAAAGCAAUGAAAAGAGCACAGAAUUUAAAAUUCAUUGAAUUGUAUAGAUGUCCUACCCAUGUAGUUGAAGAUAUUAUUCACUCAUUACCUCAACUUGAAGUACUUAAUGCAACUUCAAUAAAAAAUCCAAAUGUAACAAAAGAGACAAAAAAUCCCCAUGAUCUUAUGGCCCUAAACUUAAAUUAUUUAGGCCAAAUGACAAACCUCACUGAGUUAAGACUAAAAGGUUUAACUGGAAUCAAAUUAACGUCAUUGCCAUCAUUUGAAAAUUUAAUAAAUUUAAAUAAAUUUUCAUUAACCUCUAUAAAUUCAUUUCCAAAAGACAUCUGUCAGAGUUUGGAUACUAUUACUGAUAACAUAAAGUUUUUGGAAAUUGGUGAUUGCGAUGUCUUAUCAAAAGAUUUUGCUGUGUCACUAAAAAGAUUUGUCAAUUUGAAAUCGUUGAGACUGGAAAAUUGUUGCGGUAAAUGGGAAAGUUAUGUACACGACGUUUUUACUGCUAUAAGGGGUCUUGAAAAGCUUACUAUUCUGGAAUUAGUAAACAUAGAAUUCAGUAAUUGUGUUGAAGAUGAAUUGGAAAAAUGUGUUGGCAUUAAAGCUUUAUUGAUUAUUCCUGCUUAUAUGAGCAAAACUGCAAUCACCAACUGCCACUUGAUUGACUGCCUCGAGAAACUCUCCAAGACAUUAACACACUUGGUUUGGGGAUUGACUCGUGAAUUACUCAAUGUUACUGACAUAUUUAUAACUACAUGUCAACAAAACCAGCAUAUUAUUGGUUAUAAUUUAGAAUUAUCCCAUAUCAACGAAAAUACCAACUACAUACCUAUACUAAGGACAAGAAAACCCAGACAGCGACCAGAAGAAGAGUCUGCUCCCAAAAAUGACAAGAAUAAAAACAAAUUAAAUGAAAUUAACUUUCUUUCAGUUCCUGAUCUAGAGAAACUGUUAGAUACAAUGAUGCCAAAUGCUAAAACUAGGGUAAUUAAAGUUCCCUUUUCAAGAACAGUUAGAGUUUAUUUGAGUGAACAGUUUAAUUAUCUUUGA